AUUAAGGGAAGAUGACAUUGUACGUCUCAUUAGAUAUGAUUGGCUCAUCAUUCUGUAUGGCAACAAAUUGUGCUUGAAAUACACAGAGCAUUAUCAACACGAUAUGAUUCGAGCUCGCUUGCGACUAAUAGGACGAUUUUUGGCUGCUAUCAAACAUAUCAAUCCUGCAAUACCGGAUUUAGCAUCUGUGUAUACCCCCACCAAUUAUGAUAGCUCGAUCGACGCAGUUCGGCAAGUGGCUCAAUAUGAUACCAUCACAAAUAUUUUCAGAACUCCCACCGUUGCUGCAAACUUGGGAACUUACUUGACACAGAUUGGAGAAAUUUUAAUGGUUGAAUGUAUCAAACGGGAUGAUGACUCGAAACUGAAAGAGGUAAAAAAGUUCAUGAAAGUACACAAGGUUGAGUUCGGUGUUGUCAUCAAUAAAAGAGUCAUGGAGAGCCAAGCACAGAUGCAAAGACAUAAAAAAAUAAUCCUUCCAUUAACGGAUGAUAUUAAAAAGUUGGUAACUUAUUUGAACGUCAAUUUGAAUGAAAAACUCGAGCAAUUGUCCAACGCUUAUUCUUACGAAGACUGGUUGGCCUUGGCUCAAUUGACGAUGGCAUCAAUUGUAGUUUACAAUCGUCGUCGUACAGGAGAGAUUAGCAAUAUAUUGGUUGAUGAUUAUCAGCUUGAAUCCAUUGAUGACACAUCCAAUAAAGAGACUUUUAGUAAACUCACACCCAGAGCUCAGAAAAUUGCCAAGACUUAUAGUCGAUUCUUGAUAAGGGGAAAGAAAAAUCGAACCGUCCCUGUACUUCUCAAGCCAAAACUAGUUGAAUCUAUUGAUCUAUUGCUGAAGUAUCGCGAAGCUGCUGGGGUUCCGAAAUCAAACAAUUUUCUUUUUGCUGAACAGAGUUUUGGAGAAUACAGAAUAAAAGUUCUCAGUGCUUGUAAUAUCAUGCGAAAAUUUGCCAACGCCUGCGGAGCAAGCAAUCCCCAUUCGCUGACCGGUACCAACUUACGCAAGCAUAUUGCAACUAUAUGUAUUCACUUGGACUUAUCGGAGAUUGCUGUGAAUGAUCUCUCUAGUUUCCUGGGACAUGACCCCAAAAUUCAUCGUAAUUUUUAUCGCCAACCACAGGUGGAACGAGAAAUUCUGCAGAUUAGUCCACUAUUAGAAGCGGCUCAAGGAAAAGAAGAAUCGGACGAUGGAAGUGAAACAGAAGCUAAUGUGAAAUCAAGAGACAAAAGUGAAUCAGAAUAUGACGGUAAACAAGAUGACAACAAACAACACAAGGAAGUAAGAUCACAAAAGGAAAAAGAGAGCGAUAAUGAAUCUGACGAUCCCAAAACAUCAAAAAGUUUCCCUUGUUACGCCGAGAGUGAAAAUGAAAGUAUGCCUAGAGAUGAUGUACAUGAAAGGACAGGAGACGAAAGCACAGAUGAAUCAUCAGAUUCAACUGAUAUGUCAACUCCUUCUAAUGAUGCU